CCGUCGCUCACUUCAAGUAGUUGAAUUACCGGAUAUUUUUUAAUUUUUGGGAGGCAUAGUAUAAAUUUCGACUACCCUCUUUUGUAGGGUGUUUGUAUCACCCCCAUAUACUUCCUGUUUGUUUUGCUUCUAAACAGUGAUGUCUUCAGAUAAAAAUGUUGUGGAAUUAGAUUCAGACAACAGUGAUGAGGAACGUCGGAAGCCUGCACCUGCCCCUGUUGUGGAGAAGAGAAUAGCAAAAAAGUCGACCGCCACUUCAGUUGUAGACAUAAAACAAACUGCUGCAGUUACCCGUCGGCAGGUUGCUUUAGCUAAUAAAGAGAAGCAAGACAGAUUUCUAGAAAAUUUCGACCCGGAAAGUAGUGCUAGGGAAAGAAGAAAAUUAACAAGAAAAGUCAACCAAAUCAUUCCAACUCGGCGAAUUCCUGGUGCUUUGUUUGAUGAAUAUGGUGUUCACAUAGUGUCUGGUGUAGAUCUUUGUGAUUGUCUACAGAAAUCGUGUCCUGGAUGUCAUUUUCCAUGUCCUAAGUGUAAAUCGCAAAAGUGUGGUCCCGAAUGUCGAUGCAAUCGGAAAUAUAUAUAUGAUCAAAUUGAGUAUCAUGGCUGUGAUUUAGUAGUAAAAAAUCCACUUUCUAAAUGAACAAUUUUAUUUCAGAUAUUCUGUUUACCAGUUUACAAGUACAUUUACUUUAUAUAUUUACUCAGUAAUAAACCUCUAAUUUAUUUUUUUUUCAUUUACUUAAA